GAGAACUACUAUCGAGAUAUCAUUAAUAAGACAAACGGACUGUUGAUUCCGGGCGGAGGACAGGAUUUGUUAACAUCUGGUUAUGCAAAGGCCGGCCGACUAUUAUGGCAAUUGUCGACCACAGUGUUUAAAGACAGAAAGUAUCCGAUUUGGGGCACAUGUCUGGGCUUUGAACUCAUCACUCAAUUCUACGCCAACAACACUCUGAGUGAUUGCGAUGCCAUCGAUGUAUCCAAUAGUUUGACAUUUGUUGAGCCCAUUCAAGACAGUAGACUCCUUCAGGAUAACUCCAUUGUUGAAGUUCUUAAGGAACAAGAAGUUACUUAUAAUUAUCAUAAAAAGUGCUUAACAUUGGAAACUUUUAAUAAGACACCGGAACUUCAUAAUAAUCUUCGGUUAUUAUCCACGAAUAAGGAUAAGAAUGGUAUAGAUUAUGUAUCAAUGUUUGAGUCGAGAGAUGCCAAUUAUCCCAUAUAUGGGGUUCAAUGGCAUCCCGAGAAGAAUCUGUUUGAAUUCGCAUACAAUGCAAAGUAUCAGAAUAUUCCUCAUAACUCGAGCGCCAUUAAAGUGAGUCAAUACAUGUCCAACUUUUUUGUGGACGAGUGUCGCAAAUCAGUCCAUCCUAUUGUGAAUGCCAAAGAGGAGUCCGAUUCACUUAUAUAUAACUAUCAGCCCGUAUAUACCGGUGCGAAGACAAACUAUACCUACGAACAGAUAUAUCUAUUCAAUUCACAUAAACCUAAUCAUUGGUCCGUUUCUAUCGGACCCCUUCAGACAUCUUUUUUUGAACAGUUUGUGACAAUUGUCAAGACUUCCAUUGAAGAGGUGCUGAAGAGUUGUUCAAAGAAUCAGUUGAAUAACCUGUUGAACAGAAUUGUUGAGUACUAUUCCCAUCCCAACCCCAAUAUCCAGGUGUUGGCAGACCUCCAGUUCCUCUCACAUAUUGUGAGUAAUCAUUUGAAUGAAAGAAAGAAUGCUUAG